AUGGAGGAAUCACCAACACCUACCAACAAGGCGGAGCAACAAAUUGCUAUUGCUGAAAAGGGCAGUGGCGCUCCAGAUGGAGGAUUCCAGGCUUGGGCUGUCGUUGCUGGCGGCCUCAUCAACUAUUGCGCUCCUUUCGGCUUACUGAAUUCAUUCGGCACGUUCCAAACAUAUUACCAGAACGAACUCCUCAAACAGUCUACCCCGAGCGCAAUUUCAUGGAUAGGCUCUAUCCAAUUAUUUCUGCUCUUCAUUGCAGGCUUGGGCAUGGGACCAGCGUUCGACAAGUUUGGCGCGCGACGCCUGACUGUGCCCGGAACGCUGCUCUAUAUCCUCUCUCUAAUGAUGACAAGCCUGUCGACCAAGUAUUACCAGAUCUUUCUAGCGCAAGGCAUCUUGUUCGGUAUUGCAGAUGCAAUGGUGUUCUACCCAGCAAUCUCAGCUAUAAACAUGUGGUUUGACAAAAAGCGAGGUAUAGCCUUAGGCAUUGUUGUCUCUGGUUCCUCUAUCGGUGACGUUAUCUGGCCCAUUCUAAUCCAAUAUUUACUCGGCAGCGUUGGAUUUGCGUGGGCAGUUCGAAUCGUCGGAUUCAUAUGUUUGGGUCUCAUGAUCGUCUCGACCGCGCUUAUUGUCGAACGCCGUACUGAAAAUGCCCAUGGGGGCCCAGUUAACCGGGAUAGCCUCAAGAAGGAGCUCAAGAGCCCGACAUAUGUUAUAACGACUGCUGCCUUUACCUUUAGCUACCUGGGAAUGUUUAUUCCAUUUUACUACCUCCCGUUGUACGGCCAGGCACAUGGUAUGGAGCCUACCUUGGCCAACUAUCUCCUUGCGAUCUUGAAUGGCAGAUCAUUUUGUGGACGUAUUAUCUCUGGCUAUUUCGCCGACAGAGUAGGAGUACUCAAUAUAACGGUCAUCACCUCUUUACUCUCCAGUGUAACGCUACUUUCUUUGAUAGCAAUCAAGACGCAGCCAUCCAUCAUUGCAUUCUCCGCGCUCUACGGUCUAUUCUCCGGCGGCCUCAUCUCCCUGCAAGCGGUCUCUGUGGCCCGACUGACUAAGGACAUGGACACGUACGGGACCAAGAUUGGGAUACAAAUGGCAGUCAACUCGAUCGGCGUGUUGAUUGGUAACCCAAUCGGUGGUGCGUUAGUCCAGGCGCGAAACGGUGAAUUCGACGGGCUGAUUAUUUUCUCGGGGGUGACGCUUCUAUUUGAAGAACGAUAUAACAAGACUACAGCAGAAGUCUCCUCGGAUCAAAGUCAGGAGGUUAAAAGGGAUACGAUGCCGUCUGCAUCUGCCACUUUUGGCACGGUCAACGGCAGCACUAUGCUCAGGUCAUGCGUGUCGCGGGCAUUUGGUGCGAAUGCCACUCCUCGCAUCGUUGACCCGUCGGACGAGACAUACACCGAUGCCAGAAUUGGAGAGCAGAUCCAGUUCGAGCACUUCCCAUCCGUCAUCGCUUUUGCAGAAAAGAUCUCCGAAGUACCACAGCUUAUCAAAUGCGCCAAGAAGACGGGGCACCGGGCCGUCCCGCGAAGUGGCGUGACUUGCAACUCUAAAUGUUUCGAAAGUUGGUCCGCUCUGAAUGACUCUCUUGUCAUUGAUAUUAGUCACAUUGAUUAUGUUCAUGUCUCUCCAGACCGUACUACCGCUACGGUUGGGGGAGGUAUCCGACUCGGCGCGCUCUACACGGCUCUAGGUGGCUACAAUACGACAUUUAACGGCGGCAUCUGUCCCACCGUCGGUCUGUCCGGUUUUCUGGGCUCUGGCGGGUUUACUAUGCAAAUGCGGUCACAAAAUGGUCUUGGUGUGGACGGUGUCAUCUCUGCCAUUGUCGUCACCGCCGAUGGACAGAUCGUGCAAGCGUCCAAGCACAUCAACCCUGACCUAUUCUACGCUAUUCGUGGCGGCGGUGGAGGAACUUAUGGUAUCGUGGUCGAAUGGACUUUGAGUCUAGUCAAGUAUCCACGAUCAGCUAUGGUCUUCAUGAACUGGACAGAUCCUGCUGUACAGUUUGAUGUGUCCAAGCGUUUCCUCGAGUGGGCGCCAUCCGCUCCCGCUGAGUUCACUACCAAUAUCAACAUCUACCCAGGCAGCCUGCAACUGAUUGGCUGGUAUCUCGGCAAGUCCAAAGAGGACCUCCAGGAACUUAUGAAGAGCUCUGAACUGUUAAAUAUUGGAAAACCGGAAACUACCAUCGGGGGCGACUGCAGCACAGACAACUCUCGACUUCUUGGGUACUACAUUUUUGACUGCGUGCCAGACGACCAGCUAUCAUACGUGAAGUCGAUCCUCAACACGGUGCCUCAGGCAUUUACAAAGAUUCAAGACUACCCGCAGUACUCAUACAAUGAAGUACCCAAGAGCCAAAGCGUGGCCGUCGCGCCGCCAUGGCAACGCUAUCGGCGGCAAGCCAAGUCGUUUUUUGUUCAAAAGGAUAAGCCCCUCGAUGCACCGACUCUGCGCAAGGUCAUUGACCAUAUCGGCCAGCUGACGCCUGAAUCUCAAGGGUGGGCUGAGUGGCACGCCUGGAACCUUUCAUCCACCCACACCGACUCGGCUUUUGCCUGGAAGGAAAAGGCGCUUGCGCAUCUUGAAUUCCAGAUCCAUGGAUCUACAGACCCCAAGGUACAGGCGACUUAUGAUAAAUUGUUUGAAGACCUGGAAAGACUCUUGAGACCCGCAGUCGGCCCCGCAUCUUAUUCUGGAGAGAUGGACGCAAAGAUCUCCACAGAGCCGUUGACUUCCUAUUACGGAGACAAUGUCUGCAAGCUGAUUGACAUUAAAAAGAAAUGGGACCACAAAGACUUCUUUACCAAUCCGUUUUCCAUUCCCACGUUACCUCCGGCUGGUAUUAAGUGUCCAUAA